UUGUGACUGUCAGGGAGCUUUAACCCUUAACCUAAAUAACAUGUUGGCUCUCCGCAAACACAGAUCACCAUUACAUUUUAGUGCACGUACACUGGGUGCACUAUUAAAACUUGUUUAGGCUGGAUUUAGUCAGGCUGUGGCGACGUUAAUGGAGAUGGGGUGGAUACGUACGUAGGUAGCCUGCGAGACUUCACGCGGGGGGAGUUUAGUUUUAGUGCUCGGGCAGAGCAAGGAGGAAAUAACGAACUGUUUUUUCAAGCUAUCAUCAAGUUAGCUGUCGUCUACGGCGUUUUUCUGAUUACAUACCCUCCACCGGUAAUUAAUCGACAAAGGAGAACAUCACAGCGGCUGUUGUCGUUGUGCUUGGACCGGGCAGCAGGAGCCCCCCGCCCCAGAAAAACCCUCCGACGUUACGUUUUAGCUUCCUCGGCUUGUCCGUUAGGAGCAUUUAAAGUUGGUUAGCUCCACUGACGCUACGUGGUGCUUUGCUGACAAGUCUGUUUAAUGUCAACGCAGCUCAUAGCUUCAACUUUCCCCCGAGGUGGUUCAAUCAGGAUGAUUGCUGCUGCUGCUGCUGCUGCUGUUGUUGUUGUUGUUUGAGGAUUCAGCCAAAAAAAAAAAAAAAUCCAGGCCAGCUUUGUCAGCUAACGUUAGCUACCUGCCUGGAGACACAGCUGGGCUCUAGGUAAAGCCAUGGCGGAUGAAAAUACACAGUUCUGUGGCAAUUGCAAACAUGACAUCCCAGAGGCGAAUUUUACUACCCAUGAGAUCCACUGUCGAAGAAACAUCGCUCUGUGUGAUGUAUGCCAGGAGCCAGUGCCCCGGUCCGAUCUGCAGGAGCACAAACAGCAGGAGCACACACAGAUUGCAUGCAAGUGUGGUUUGAAGAUUGAGAAGAAUCAUAUUGAUGUUCACCAGAGUUCUGAAUGUUCUCAGCGGCUGGUCCCGUGCCAAUACUGUGAACUGGAGAUAGUUUACAGUCAGUCCAAAGAGCAUGAGGAUUAUUGCGGUACACGCACUGAGCCCUGCUCACGCUGCAAAUGCAACGUAAUGUUGAGGGAACAGGCUGUGCAUCCGGUCCUAUGUGGAAGCCUUACACCGCCCCAAGAGAGGAACAACAGCCGGACAAGUCACAGUCCAGUAGAUCAACAGUCUCCAGGAUCAUGGUUUGAAGCCCACUCCAUCAGAAACCUCCUAAGAGCCCAAGAGAGAGGCCCAAAGAAUAAUAACAUCAGUGCAGCUGAACAGCAGGCCUUUCCUCGGCCUUUUGAUCCCAGAGUUUAUAACACUUCAAGGGGACCUCAAGGCCCAGCAGACUGGAAGAAUAUUGCCCCAAGAAAUACAUAUAGCCACUAUUUGGAGCAGAGUGAUUUUCUCACUAGCAGCAGCAGCAGCAGUAGUACAUGGCCCCAUAGUGAGCUCACGCUGGAUGAGGAUUCAUCAGGCCUGGACUACAUGUUGGCUCUCAGUCUGCAGAAUGACGGAGAAUCAGUGGCUGGAGGUGUGGAGGGAAACCUGUGGAGUGGAAUCUGGGACCACAAGAUUGGGAAGACGUCUAACGCGUCUGUAAACUCUCCACUCUCUCCACCCAACAACAACUACCCGAACUUCUCUACGGGCAUAAGCUCAAGUGCAGUCCAGGACCACGAUCAAACAGAUACCAUGCUGCCUUGUGAGUUUUGUGAAGAGCUGUUUCCUGAAGAGGACCUCAUUUUGCAUCAGACUGGGUGCAGUCCCGCUUCUGCCUUUGCAUCUUUCAGCAAGCAGCCGGUGUCUCCUCCUAGAGAGGACAGGAUGGGCAGGAAUGCUUCAGGGCUGAUGCACAGCAUCCCCGACACGCUCGCUUCAAACAUUCCCACUUUCCCUCGGUCAGUCUCCCCGGCCUCCUACAGUCCUCCGGCCAGUCCACUAGAGGGCGACGUGGUCAUUCCCUGUGAGUUCUGCGGCGUCGCUCUUGAAGAGGCGGUCGUCUUUCACCAUCAGGACAAAUGUGAUAUGCGUCCUCAGGCGGCCCAUCCACUGAACAAUCUAACAAAAGCAUCUGUGAAAAAACCACUGAGCCCUGGUAAAGACACUUUUGACCGGAGAAUAAAGCACCAAGCUGACUUCCUGGACGACUUUGGAUUUGACAGAGACACGCCACCAGGACAAAACCUAAGGGACUGGCAGAGAGGCUACAUUGGACUGCCGAGUCAAAGGAAGACGUCCAACUGUGACGUUUCUGUAAAAGACAGACCUCAGCACGGCCGAGAAGCAGAUGGAGCUCAGUCAUCUUUCUGUGACACUGACAAGUCUGCUCCUGCACCUCUAAAGGGACUAAAUCUACCGGAAAAUAAAGAAGGGAGAGGGAACAUAAGGAAUCCAAUGACGAAGUUGCCCAAGAAGCAGAAUGAAGAGCAGCAGGAAGAGUGAGCGCUGCAACAUCUGGAGAAAUAGGAACAAACCAAAUCUCCUCCUCUGCUUUUCAUUUAUCUCUUUGCACACAUGAAAAUGAAACAUAUACCUAUCUGAUAAGUGCCUGUGUGAGUAUUAGUAUCUUGCAGUUCAUAUUUUCAUGAUUUUACUAUUAAAGUUUAAGCAUGUUUAAUUUGGUUUAUUCAUGCAUAUUCUGCUUUUUUGUUGUUGUUUCUUUUCAAGUUUUGUUUCAGACGUUGUCUAACAUCUAUCCUUAACAGAUAAGUUAUAAAAUUGAUUUUAUUUACGCUGAAUUUGAUUUGAAGUCAUGUCAUGGCUCCUUAGGAACAUCAACACACGACUGUGCAUUUGUAUCACUUAAUAUUUACCUUGUUACUUCAGCCAAGGAUGUUUUUGUUUUCACCCUGUUUGAUCUUUCAGGAUCUUUCUCAGUGUUCCUGUUUGAUUUCUGCAUCUUUAUGUAACCUGAAGCACUUUGCUAGAUUAUUUUGUUUAAAAGGGCUUGAGGAACCAAUUUGAUAAAUUUAUGCAUCUUUGACCAAGAAGAAAAACAACUGUAUUAUUGAAACAUUUGUCUUUUUAUACUGUUGAACAUUUGUCUUUAAUACUCUUGAGUAAUAUUUAGAUUUUCUUUUUAAUCAUAAUUAUAGAAGUGUAUAUGUGUUGUUAUGACGAGAUGGCUUUUGAAGCAUCGUCUCCUGUCCAGAUAAGUAGUGUCAAAAAUGUUGUGUGCUGCUCCUCCAGAUUUAAGAUUGAUAAGAUGUAUUUUGCGUGUAACAUAGGGUCCACUUUAGAAAUACAUAUAUAAAAAUAGGCAACCUUGUGACACAGACAGUUGAGAGAGCAUUUUUCUGAUUAAUAUCUGAUCAACAAGGUGUUUGGAUGGAUUUAAGGCACGGAUAGCGCACAGCUCACUAUCCUGUUUAAGAACAAAUGUCUUGAUGCUCCUUGUCUUGUGUGUAUUAAAUGUUUAAUGAGGACAU